AUGCUCUCCUCCCAAAAUCAUUCUAUACCCCAUACUGAGCCUGAUACAGUACCUCCUGCCGUGUGUUCAAGCCUAUUUCUACGACGAUUUACCCGUCGGCAACCAGUACUGAAUACUCCCUCCCAGACUCCGGACCCUGUUUCGUAUAAUCCAACCACCAGGUACCCAGUCCCUCCAGUGCAGAACCCCACCGAAAAAGGUGCGAAUACUAUGAAAGCCAUACCAGGGCUCAAAAGCAUGGGAGCCCGGGAGUUUACUUAUCCCGCGGAAGCGGACCCUACCCCACACGUACAAACCAUCCUGGCGUCCAUCCACGAUAGUGUCCCUUUAGCUGGACUGGCCAGCAUUGCGGACAAGAUACUCGAAAUCCAACCAUGUUCCGCUAACGUCUUUUCCGUAAACACCUCAGAUUCGGUGUCUGCCCUUCACGAUCGACUCGAUCAGUUGGCUGAUCAGGUCGCAGCUAUUCGUAUAAACCGACAUCAACCAUUUCGUCGUCCGCCUUUUCGUUCACGUUCAACUUCCCGGUCACAUUCGUCCUCCCGAGAACAAGCAUUUUGUUGGUACCACAGUACGUUCGGACAUAGAGCCCGAAAGUGUUCACAACCAUGUUCUUUCCGACCAAAUUAUCCCACUACUCAGUCAACGUCGGCAAACUCACGGGCCGAACUAGAGGCGAGCAAAGUUCUAAACCCAACCCAUAUAACCCGCCGUCUUACAAUCAUCGACAAACCCUCCGGUCUCAAAUCUUUGGUAGACCCUGGGUCUGACAUCAGCAUUAUCCCUGUAAGUGCCGUUUCCUAG